UGGGGGGAGACUGAGAGCCUGAGAAAGCCCCACAGCCACCCUCCUGGGAGGGGAAGCAGGGAAAGGAGAGCAGGGAGAGGAGAGGGGCGGGGAGGAGGGAAGCAAAGGGGGAGGAGGGAAGGAAGGAGGGAGGGAGGCAGCCAGGCAGAGGGGGGCUUUUCUCUCCUCGGCGCAGUUAAGAUGCACCUUGAACGCACUGUUCUCAUUGCAGCGCCCCAGCAGCAGCUACAGAAGCAGCAGUUCCAGCAGCAGCGGCAGCCUGGGUUGCGGCGGCGGCGGCAGCGGCAGCGCUGACACAUCCCACCAUGGACAGCUUCGACUUAGCCCUGCUUCAGGAAUGGGACUUGGAGUCUCUGUGUGUCUAUGAACCAGACAGAAAUGUAUUACGGAGGAAAGAACGGGAAAGGAGAAAUCAGGAAACUCAGCAAGAUGAUGGAGCAUUUAGUACAAGUUACUCCCUCUUCAGUGAACCUUACAAGACUAACAAGGGGGAUGAGCUUUCAAAUCGGAUCCAGAAUACUUUAGGCAGUUAUGACGAAAUGAAAGACUUCUUGACUGACCGAUCCAAUCAGAGUCACCUUGUUGGGGUUCCCAAACCUGGGGUUCCACAGACCCCUAUGAACAAAAUAGAUGAGCAUUUCAUUGCUGACUCAAGAUCGCAGCCCCAGCCUCCUAUCUGCAGCACAUCAUCUUCCACACCAGCAGCUGUACCUGUGCAGCAGAGCAAGAGGGUCACCAUGGGCUGGCAGAAAGUUGGGCAUCCUACAUCUGAUGGCCAGCAGAGGGCAAGCAAGCAUGGGCAUAGAUUGCUUGAUUCACACAAUAGUGACUUCAAAUCUGCUAACCAAAAAACCAGUAAUGAGAAACCUAAACACUGUGUCUCAAGCCCCACAUCCUCCUCCUCCUCUUCCUCUUCUUCUUCCUCCUCCUCCAACUCAGCACAAUCAGGACCUCCAAGGACCAUGCUUGGAGAUACUGUCAGCAGGCAACAGUCAAGGUCCAAGCAAAGCUGUAGUGUGGAAAUGGGUCUUCAACCUCAAGAAAGGAACUCUGCCAUGUCUGCCAAACAUAGCAGUGGUGGGCACUGUGUCCAGAACUUCCCUCCUUCUCUUGCUUCCAAACCAAGUCUAAUCCAGCAGAAACCAACUGCUUAUGUUCGGCCAAUGGAUGGCCAAGACCAGGCCCCUGAUGAAUCUCCUAAACUCAAGUCUUCAACAGAAACUAGUGUACAUUGUACCUCCUACAGAGGAGUACCUGUCAAUAAAGCUGAAUCAUCCAGGACCAAGUCCAAGUUAGCAAAAUUUAAUAUUCCCAAACAAGGGGAGGACAUUGGAUCAGGCGAUAACAGCUGUGUUGAAGAAAUAUUACGGGAGAUGACCCAUUCCUGGCCUCCACCUCUUUCUGCUAUUCACACCCCUGGUAAAUUAGAACCAAGCAAAUUUUCAUUUCCAAAUAAGGACUCUCAGCAUGUAUCCACUGGACACAACAAUCCAAAGAAAAAUGAUGCUGAGCCAAAGAGUCCGGACAAUGGUACAUCAAAUACUUCAAUGCUAGAAGAUGAUCUUAAAUUAAGUAGUGACGAAGAAGAAAAUGAGCAGCAGGCCGCACAGAGAUCUGCUCUCCGCGUUCUGUCUGACAGCGCGGUGGUUCAGCAGCAGUCCAAUAGCAGACCCUCGGGCCCCUCCAGCAAAGGGUCGAGCAGCGGCAGCUCCAGCAGCAGCAGCAGCAGCUCCAGCGACUCGGAAAGCAGCUCCGGCUCCGACUCGGAGAGCGAAAGCAGCUCCAGUGGAAGUGAAGGCAGCAAGCCUUCUCACUACUCCAGCCCAGAGCCAGAACAAGCUUCUUCCAACAAGUGGCAGCUGGAUAAAUGGCUCAACAAAGUGAAUCCCCAUAAGCCUCCGCUCCUGAAUCAAAAUGAAAACCACGGGUCAGAGAGCAGCCAGUACUACAACCGGGGAAAGGAGGAGGUGCAAGAGUGCGGGAAAUUAACCACCCUCUGCCAGCCAGGCGUCCGUGAGAAGGAGAUCAAGAACGCCUGCAAAGAGGAGCAGAGGCCUAGGACUGCUAACAAGGCCCCUGGGACUAAAGGGGUGAAGCAGAAGUCACCUCCCGCCACUGCGCCUGCGCCUCCCGCAGCCGCAGCCACCCCCACAGCGCCCCCUGCCGCCCCUGCCUCGGUCUCCGCUGUUCUGGGUUCAGGGCCCACUGGGGUCAUUCCGAUUGCUGCGGAAAGCGCAGGCGCACCGCCCCCUUCCCGGAGGUCGGCCUGCAAGAAGCCUCCGAGGAGGACCACGACAACCACGGAGAGGGCCUCGGCAGUCGACGGCGCUAACUGCCAUCGGCCGCCGGCCGAAGAGCUGGCGGCCAGCGAGGUGCUAGUGGAGAGCCCCACCCCCGAGCCCCCAAAGCCCAGGCCUUGCGCCGGCGGCGGCGGCGGCGGUGGCGGUGGCGGCAGCGGCGCUAGGACGGGUCACCGAAAAGAGCUGCGCUCGUGCUCGUCCUCGGUAGCGGCGGCGGCGGCCUGCGAGAAGCGCCGCACGCGGGGCCUAAGCAAGACGGCCCCCAAGUCUAAGGAAUUCAUCGAAACUGAGUCUUCGUCCUCUUCAUCCUCGUCGUCCUCGUCCGACACUGAGCCAGAAUCGGAGCCCGAGGACUACUCAGGCCCCAAACCCCCGCCCGUGGGCCCGGGCUCCUCUGCGCCGGCGGCGGCGACGGCAGUACCCUCGGCGGGGGGCGACCAGCGGCUCCGGGAGGGUGGCCAGAGCACGGGCCCCGGCACCGGUGGGGGCGGCGGCGGCAACAGCAACAAGGCCGUGGGCUCCAUCAACGCCAGGACCUCGAGCGAUGCCGCCAAGGAGCUAGAAGAGCAGUUCUAUACUCUGGUGCCCUUCGGCCGGAACGAGUUGCUCUCCCCGCUCAAGGACAAUGACGAGGUGAAGGCCCUUUGGGUCAAAAUCGAUCUGGCCCUCCUCUCCCGGAUCCCGGAGCCCUCGCCUCCCCUGGACCCUCCCACUGCUGCCCUAGCCGCCCCCGGGGCCAAAGACUUGGAUCCUGGCCCGCAGAGUCACGCCCCAGACCUGCAGGCGGCUGAAAAGGGUUUGCCGAAGUCCAAGCGGAAACGCAAGUGUGAAAAUGAGGAGGAAUUUAGGGAAGUCAAGAAGACUCAGGGAGAGAAAGAGUGUUCCUCACGACUGACUACUUUGGCCAACAGUACUUCUUCAACAAGCCAUUGCCACUUGAACACCAAUAGCUUGGCAAUACCAAUAAAUAAAAAUGAGAAAAUGCUUCGGUCACCCAUUUCACCCCUCUCAGAUGUGUCAAAACACAAAUACUCCAAUGAUGAUUUAACUUCUUCCAGUAGACCUAAUGGCAGCAGUCUGUUCACUUCCAUCUCCUCCAGCAAAAAGCAUAAGACGGAGAAUCAGUUGCAGCCCCAUGCUGGAGACCUUGCUAAAACAGUGCACAACAGCUCAGAAAACAGUCUCUUCUAUAAUAAACCACGACCCCAAACGGAACCAUGGUCACCAUUAUCCAAUGGGCACAGAGACUGCAGAAGACAAAAACUCAUCUUUGAUGAUAUGCCACGCAGUGCAGAUUAUUUUAUGCAAGAAGCAAAACGGAUGAAACAUAAAGCAGAUGCAAUGGUGGAAAAAUUUGGAAAAGCUUUGAAUUAUGCUGAAGCAGCUCUGUCAUUUAUUGAAUGUGGAAAUGCAAUGGAGCAAGGUCCAAUGGAAUCUAAAUCUCCCUAUACAAUGUAUUCAGAAACAGUAGAACUCAUCAGGUAUGCUAUGAGACUAAAAACUCACUCAGGCCCAAAUGCCACUCCAGAGGACAAACAAUUAGCUGCAUUAUGUUAUCGCUGUCUGGCUCUCCUGUAUUGGCGAAUGUUUCGACUCAAAAGAGAUCAUGCUGUAAAGUAUUCAAAAGCACUUAUUGACUAUUUCAAGAAUUCAUCUAAAGCUGCCCAGGCCCCAUCUCCAUGGGGUGCCAGUGGAAAGAGCACAGGAACUCCAUCCCCCAUGUCUCCUAGCCCUUCUCCAGUCAGUUCAGUGGGAUCUCAGGGGAGUCUCUCCAGCACUAGCACCCCUUCACCAUCGUCCAUAAUUAGCAUUCCACAUCGGAUCCAUCAGAUGGCAGCCAACCACGUCAGCAUCACCAACAGCAUUCUGCACAGCUACGACUACUGGGAGAUGGCUGACAACCUUGCCAAGGAGAACAGAGAGUUCUUUAAUGACCUGGAUUUGCUGAUGGGGCCUGUUACCCUGCAUAGCAGUAUGGAACACCUAGUUCAGUACUCCCAGCAAGGACUACAUUGGCUGCGAAAUAGUGUUCACUCAUCAUAGUGAUUGCGUGCCAUUUAGCCGGACUGUGUAAUAAUCUCCCAUGGACUGUUCGAUUAUUCUGGACACUGUGCUACCGAAAUUCUCAGUCACAGCAUUUAUCCAAAUGAAGGUGAAUAUUUCUUCAGCAUCAAACAACAAUAUUUUUCUAGGGGGUGUGUGUGGGUGUGUGUGUGUAUUUGUAAGUGUGAGUGUGUUUGAGGUUGUCUGUAUAUAUUUGUAAAAUAUAUGCAGCUCUUCAGAAUUAUUCUUCUCCUCCUGUAGUCUCCAUAACCUUAGGAUAGGCAGAAGUGACCAGAGGUGUCUGAUUAGAGAAAAUGCACACAUAAAAACACACACACACAUUUCUUUCUAUUUCAAUACUAUACCUUGGAUUCUUUUAAAAAUUCAACCAAAAUUUUAUGGGUUAAUCAAGUGCAAUAAAGCACAUUGAAAGCUUGACUGCCAAUUUAGAUGCUCCUAGAACAUACAUUAAUGAUCUCUUUUUUCAGUCUUAAUAUACUAUCUUCUCCCUACUUGCAGACUGGUGUGAACUGAUAAGUAAUUGAAAAAUGGAAUUAAGUAUGUUAUUUUUUGUGCAGUAAGUUUCAAUGGAUUUCAUGUUACCUUAAUUAUUAUUCUUUUCUAUUAUCACUUCACCUAUCACUCAACCUUAUUAUCACCUUAAAAAAAAAACAGUUAAGCAAAAUAGAUUUUUUUCCUAAUUACCUUUCUUUUCCUGCUCCCUUUCCCCCAAUUAGUGAUAGUAAUGGCACUGAAAUGAACAAAAGAAAAAAUCCAAUGGCUUGGAACUGAAUAGAUAAUUUUUAAAAUGUGGCAAGGCUUUGCAACAGAAAAACAGAAUUCACUUAUACAUGUGACAUUGAUACACAUGUACAUAUAUUUUCAAUUCUCUGUCUCUUUUAUAAUAACCAUAUGGAACAAUGUCUUUAUCUAACUACCAGAAAUUUUAAAAGUCUUUCCAUGAUAGCUUUCUUGCAUAUGUAGGCCAAAUCAAGAUAUAAUUUAGAUUGUCUCCUUACCAAAAGUCUGGUUUUGCUGCUUGUCAUGCUAAGAACCACUUACUGUAAUAUUUCCAUAUAAUCCUCUCACUCUUCUUGCAUAAUAUACUAGUGCAAGGCUUUAAUAGUUCUUGAUUUGGUAAACAUUUCCAGUCACUGUUGACAAGGCUGCCUUUUACUGAGGAGAGGGCUUGAGGAAUGGUACUAAUCCUACAACAAAAACUACAAUUUUGUUUGGGUCAACAGAUCAAUACCUAUUUGUAUCCUCUGUAGUAAGUCAUAUGCAUAUUUCCUUUGCCAUCAGUGCAUUUCAGUUUAUUAUUAACUUUUAUGUUCACUCUUUUGACAUCUUUUGUUUCCAGUUUCACUGGAAAUAUAGCUUUAAUCAGAUUUUUGUCACUUCUGAAUUGAGUUUUGGAGUUGAGAAAAUAUGUUCCAGGAAAAAACCCUCUGGGUCAUAAAAAAAAUAGCCAUAUCUUUCCAAAGCCUAACAUUCCCAAACUCUGUGUGUACACACAUGCACAUACACUUAUGUAUGUGUUUUAUAUAGGUAUAAUGCAUCCUAUUUAUAUCAAUGUCACUAUCGCAUGCAUAACAUCAAGCCACAGUAAAGAAGGAAUGUGAUAUAGUUAGGUUGCUUAAACUAUUUAAAGGCAGUAGAGUUAGAAUUUAGAAAAGAUGCUGACCUCUAAGUCCUGAUGUUCUCAUUCCUUUGGUUGUAGCAUGUUUCUUAUUUUUCAGCCUAAUAUUUAGCUGGAAAAACAUGUCCUCCAAAAUUCCUUUAGUUUCAAGUUCUAUGAAUACUAGAGCUAUCUUGGUGAUAAUUUUGAAGUUAAUUUUAUGCCUCAGUAAAUGAAGACCUUACCAAACUUUUCUUGGGCUUUUGCCCUAGGAUGUUUUGGUUAUGUUGACAGUAUUAUUUUUUUCAAUAUUCAUUUCACCUUGUGUGCCACAUAGAUUUUCUUUAUAGGUACCUCUGAUCAGUAAUUGGCACAUUUUUACAGCUCUAUCCUCUUUUGGAAAUUUUAGGUGCAUAUAUAGAAUUUAAGGUCACACAUUUUUUAAAUCCUUAUGAUCUCUGAAGAAAGGUUAGACCUCUCACUUAGAUUGUGUUCCAUAGAGAUGCUUUCCAAUUCAGGAUGAAUGAAUACUCUCGUAUGAUGCUGUAGCAUAGCUUGCAUUACAAAUAUCUCUGCUAAGUCUUUUUAAGUUAUGUACGCUUUAUUUUUGUUUUUUGUUUUGUUUCUGGUAAGCCCUCUGGUCUAAUCAUGAAACUGACUUAAAUGAGGGAAUAUAUUUAGACUAAUUAUGUUGACAGCAUUUUGGUUGGUAACUUGGCAGCCGUCAGUAUUUCAAAAAAGGUUUUUAGCAGUGGGUCAUUUUGUUGAUGAUUAGAGUAGCUGAUUAUAUCACAGGUGUUUGUUUUCUUCUGCCCUGAAUGGUGAGGCAAUAGCAUCUGUUUCAUUUGGAAGCAGAACUGUGAGAAAAGACAAUUUUUAGUGACUGGACUUCUCUUGAUUGCUAUUUGUGAAAGUCAUUCCUAUCCUAAUCCUUUUCUUUCUUUUAAUUUUUUAUAUAUCUUUGCAUUUGACCUCUUUUUAAUUUUGGAGACAAAUUCUGUUCUCAGGAACCAAAUAUGGGCUUGAUUGAGGUCAAGCCUUCUGUGACUUUAAUAGGAGUUUGUCCUUAAUCACAAUGACAGAAUUAUCUUCAAAUGGAAGUAAUCCAAAUAUAUCCCAAGCCAAAAUCUGGCAUUUAUUAUACAUUCCUUGUGAAAUACUUUGAUUAGAUAUGACUUCACAAGUCAGACUCAUAUAAAGAAUUAUGCAAAGAGAGAGAGAGAGAUUUGGUUAAAAGACAUACUUCUUAAUACUGUAGAUAGGAAUUCAAUCCCACAAAGUAAAAGAGAUGGAAUAGAAAUAAGUUGAAGUGCUUUCAAAUUGUUUACCACAUUUAAGCACAUGAAAUGCAAUACAAGGAAACUUUCUGCACUAAAAAUCAGUUAUAUUUAUAACAAUUAUAUAUGCAUUGCAUCUUGAUAUGUACAUUUCUGGCACUCCAUACAUAAUAUACAGUUUGUAUAAAUGAAUCCAUUUAAAUAUAUGUAUACAAUACAGUUAAACCAUAAAAAUGUAGUCACUCUGAAAGAUAUUACUAGUGCCUAAAUAUUGAGUACAUGUCACUAGAUGUUCAUUUCACCUUGGAAGUGCAGUAAUUGUUACAAAACUAAUUAGUGCAGCUAAUCAUUACUUCAAAUCACAUCUUUGAAACUGUGCAGUAGUAUUUAUGUAUAAUAUAUAUGAAGUAUAUAUACACAUGUAUACAUGUAUAUUUUUAAAUAACAUUUUUCCACAGUUUUCACAGUUUUUCCAAGACUACUGUUAAAAAAAAAUCUAUAUUACACAAAAGAAGCAGAAUUUUUUUUUCCUAAGGAAGUAGACACUCUGCACACCCAGUUAACAUUGUGGUUUAUCUGUUUCUAGAUACCCAAGAGACUUUAGCAGUCACCAGCCUUAAUGCAUGUACAGAAUAUUCUUGUGAUUUAUCUGUUUUUUUUUAAUUCUCAUGAAAUUGGAAUUUAUAAACAUGUCUACCUUUCUGAGGUUGCAGAUGUUACAUUAAGUGAUUUAUGCUGUAAAAUGGGAGAAGUUGAAUUGUAAGUAAAAAAUAUCAACUGAAUUCCAUAAAUUUUUUAUAAGAAAAAUUCAAAAUUGAAAUGUUUUUCAAAUUAAUAUCUUUCAUUCAUGAAGCAUCCUUUUUAUGCAUAUUUUUAUUGAAUAUCCACUAGAUAAUUAACAUUGUAAGCCUAAUUCUUGAUGCAAAGAUAUAUAUUCUCUUCAUGAAUUCUACUGUUCCUUCUUUAUGCUGCCCCUCCAAGCCUCCAUCUAUACAUACGCACACAUGUAUAUACACACACAUACAUGCCUAAUUCACCAGGGAACUGUCCAAAAGAAACAUAAUGCCUCAAAAACACACGUAUUUUUGAGUCUGACAUAGAUUUAUCCCCAAAGUACUGUUUAGCUAAUUAUCUUGUGUUAGUGCCGAAAUGAGGUGUCUGGGCUCAUCUUUAGCCGAAGGAGCAAAUGACUUGACUUAAUAGUGUGCCAUGUUCCAAUUCCUGGCACCAUUAUAUAAUAUUUACUAGCCUUUAAAAAAAAAAACCUCAAUAUGAAUUUUAAUUCAAGAACUGUAGGUAUUAGAAUGGUGGCUUGGCAUGCUAUGUCUUCCUGGGUAGAAAAAAGAACUCCCUUUUUAAAAAAAUUACAACAUAAGUCUUUCUCCCUUCAGAAACCUCUCUUUCUACCUUUGUCCAUUUCAAUGAAGUUAUUUCAAGCCCUUUUGCUUUUCAUCCUGCCAUACUUCUUUGAGCUAUUCACAAAUAUUUGGCCAAAAAGUAGCAAUGGGUAGCUUUCAGAGGUUACAUUCAACUGAUCAGAUUGGUUCAGUUAAUCUCUGCAGCAGGGCCCUUGGUGCACUGACCAUGAAGGAUUGGGUCAUUCUCUAAAAGAGGAGAGAGAGAGAGAAUAUUUUGCAUUCCCUGCAUUAGAGAUCUUCCAAUGAAGCAUCCUUUGGAGUUAAUGUAUCCUUUGGACAGUGGUCUUUCCCACAUUGGGUUCCCACUUGAGUGAAGGCUAAACUUCCAAAAGAAUCACUUUUUGUUUUGCAACACUUCUAUUUUAACUGCAACUUGGAACCAGUGGAGAUUUAUAAAACAUAAAAAGAAAAGUGAAAACCAAUAACAAAUAAAACUGAGUUUCAAAUUUGGGGUCAGUUCUCCUAUUUUCUCAUGUGCCCAUUUCUAAAAAAUAACAGCUUUUAUAAAUUUUAACAAAUUAUUCUGACUAAUGAACAACAAAUCAGUCAGGCUUCUGAUUCGUUUUCCCUUUGUCCAAACUGAAAUACUCUACUUUCAGACAGACUACACUUGUUUGUUUGACAUAAGGGAAAUUACAAAAACUACCCUCUUGAACUAAUUGCAUAUGACCAUGGUUCAUUUUUUAUAAUUAAUUGGUACUUUAAGUCCACUGGGGGGGGUGGGGGGGUGUACACUAUUGAUGGGAUGCAGAGGGAUUUAGCAUCAAGCUCUCACUCAUAUUAAUGGGAAUCAAGGGAUUAAAUCCCUGUGAAUUAAGUUGACAAUUUACCUCUUACAGCCAAUUUUAAAAUGCAUUGAUCUGAGAAGUGAAUGCAACAUAGUAAUUGUUAGUGAGCACUGGGCCCAGCUGAAAUGUUUAAAUGUCAGUAAGUAUUGAUGAAAUCUGAAAAACUAAAUAAUAGCCUUUUUAUUUUAUAUGGCAAAAACUGUUUUUAUUUCUAAAAAUGGUUCUUAACUUAGGAAAUUUUAUAGACCUUGGUAUAAAAUGUAAGUGUUUUUUAGUUUAUUAUUCCUUACCAACUAUGUGACCCUGGAAAAGUUACACGCAACUUCUCUGUGCCUCGGUUUCCUCAUUUGUAAAAUUAGGAUGUCAGACACAAUGUUCUCUAAGGUCCUUUCCAUCUUUACAUGAUUGAUCACUAGAUUUUUUUUUCCCCCCAAUUUUUCAAAAGGCAAAAUUUAUAUUUUCUCCCGGAAUCAUGUGGGGAGUCCUGGAUACGCAAAACUAAGCAAACUAAAAAGAAAAGGGGGAAUAUAGUUAUAUCCAGAGAUGUGCCUCUGGAGAAUAUCUUGCUGGAUUGUGUCUUAUUAUUCACUGUGGCUAAAGAUAACUUAGCUUUUAUAGUAAUUCUCUUAAUAUCCUUUCUAUCAUAUUUGUCCCCGCAAUAUACAAAUCACUUCAAAGCCAGGGCAUGGCUUGUAAGUUGUGAUGGCAAUAAUCCUAUGCAUAAAUACCCCAUUUUUGUCAGAGAAACUGUUGUAGCAUCACCAAAGUCUUCACAAAUACACAAACAUAUUUGUGUAGUAAAAUAUAAAUAUUAACUCUUCAGCAAUUUGCAUACUAUUUAAUAACCCCUUAUGAUUUCUAGAGUAGUCAAUUCAGACCAAAAUGCCCUUAUAUGUGACCUGCAUUAUUCCUUGUCUUUUUCCCCCAUGGAAUAUUGUAAAAUGCUAAAUUUCACUUUUUAGUAGGACAGAGUCAAAUCAUGAUUGGGCAUUUGAGGAAGCAAAACUGCAGUACAUAAGGAGAUGUGACCCCUAAUCCCAUUCCUGCUCCUGUCUUGUUGGUGACCUUGAGCAAAGCUGCUUCUCCAUGCCUCGGUUUCUUUCUUGGUAAAUGAGAUUCACCUACCUCACCGAGACAGCCUGAGAAUCAAAGGUUUGUUCAUGUAUUUUGAGAUCCCAAGUUACCAAGUGCUCAAGAGGUAUUAAUGCAGUUUCUAUGGCAGCAGCACUCAUAAAGAAUACUCAGUACAUCUGCAAGCUCCUAUAUUCACACCUGUGGGAAUCACAAGAUGAAAAAAAAAUUCCCUACUGAUAACCUUUUUAAAGAAAGAUUCCUAGCCUCAAUUUCAAUUCAGAAAACUAGAAACUGGAGGGUAUCUAGAAUAAUCUCUACCUUUGGUAUUGGAGAGGAGGAAAAUAUAGAUCCUAGACUGGAACGUUUUCCCUCUGGCCAAUAUGUGAAGGAGAUAGAUGUUAACUUUGUUGCUACCCUGUUUCUAGCCCUGUGCAAGGUCCUAAUUAAACAAAAGUGUGUGUACUCUCUUGGCCAGGUGUAACAGAGUUACUAAGUAAUUUAUGAUUGGUGAAUUAGUCUCCACCCUCCUGUGACCUAUACUUUUCAUUGUUUGGCCUUGUGAAAUAUGAGAUCAUCUUGUUGAAAGGAGGAAGAAUCUUUCUCAAGUUACUAUUUCCCACCACCUCCCUACGAAUAGGAAAAUAAAUCACUGAAUAUCUUCAGAUAUUUGCAGUAGGGUUUAAGUAGUUGCUGCUGAGCCUAGUCUAAAACUGGGAGCUAUUUUCACACUAGUUUAUUAACGUAAACCUUUUCUGAUCUAUCUCCCUAUAGCCUUUAAUACUAUGGGACUCUCAUACCUUUUUUUCCUUCUGAGGGUAAAAUGUGUCAAAAAGCUGCAGGGAUUUGGUGUUAAGAGUUAGAUCUGCCAGCAUAGGGCUUGAGUCUGUCCUAAGUUUAGGAGAAGAAAAGGUCUUCUUGGUGUAAGAUGAAAAGAAUUUCCAGUAGACUAAGAGAGGGCCUUUCAGACAGUCAGGUUAAUUAUGGACCCAUCAUCUGUCAAUGCAAGGUGAAGGGGGAAAAUUCAUUAUACUAGAUUUGUUCAAGCCAUCAGAUGCUUAGUAUAUUUACACAGUACCAAACAUCUGGAUGAAAACUGGAACAUGCAGCUCAUCAUUGAGGAUUUGGGGUCAUGGAAAUUGUGUAAAUAACAAAAUGAAAUUUUCAUUCAAUAUUGAGUGUCAUUUAGAUACUGCAUCAAUUAGGUUGCCAAUUGUCCCUCAAGACCCUGGCCAUAUAAAACAGUAACUGAGGUUAACUUCCUCUUUGGGCCACUAGGGGUAACUUUGUCAGCUCUCUCUGCUGAGGCUAUCAAAAUGGUCAAAGAAUGUCAUCCUCAAAAAACCCUGCCCAAUUUAGGUAAAUCCAGAGACAAAAUGAAGCUUUUCUGGGAUUUGUCCACAGUUCUGUGGAGUGUGAAUGGUGGCUGUUUGAAUGAGAAGCUCCAAUAUCAUUGGACUAGCUGCAUUAAAACCCAUCAUAAUAGAGUGUAACUGUUAGUAAUUUCUAGCAGCAUCUUUUUUCCUCUACCGGAGUGUUGUUAAAUAUUUCUCCUAUAGUAACUCUGAGUAGUUGCAGGAAACUUUCAGGGGUAGGUGUUGAAUUUGUUAAUCUAUAGAAUCAAGUUGUUGAAAUACUGUUUUUAAUUUGCCUCACCUCAUGCAGGAACCUAAAAUUCCAUAGUUGUGUUUAUGCCAAUAAUUGGUAAUUAUUCAUAGAAAUGGCAGUAGUAGUAAGUCAUAUAAAACAAGGAUAUCAAGGACCUUGUUCUGGCCUUGUGAGUUUCAUCAAAUUCCAUUCAAGUCUUGACCAUUAUACAUCAUUUCACAUUCUUGGCUUUCUGGAAGCCACUGGCAACUCAGGAGCCCAACUCAUUUUCAACUAGAUUUUUCCAAUGACACAGACUUAAGUCUCUAUAAUACCAAAUUAUAGACCCUUCACCUGCCCCUUGCUUACAGGAAUUGGUCAUAGUGAUUGUAGAAUUGAACAAUUUUUUUUAAAUGGGACUAUUCUGUACAGUAAUUUAUGCUGUAAAAAUGUACAUAUUAUCAUUGUAGCACUGAUGAAUGAUUUGAAGUGCUGUAUUUAUUAGGUCAGUUACCAUUUUCAUUUUGUCUGUUCAUUCUAUAUUGAUAACUUAAUUUUAUUUUUCUUACAUGAGAUUCAUUUAGGGGAUAUUUGUCAAUGCCCCUCUAACAGAGAAAGCCCAGGAUUUAUGUUGCUACACAAUGGCUAUUUUAAUUGAAAUAAGUGUGAUGGUUUCACUAUGCAUCAAAAAUGGGAAGUUAUGUUACUAACAAUGGUCAAAAUCAUAUGCUUUUAUCUAUGUAUUUUAGUAAUAUGAGCAAAGUGAUUACUUAAUGCCAUGAAUGCAGACCAGUGACUUUGGUGAGGUUCACGGUUUUGUUUCCUUCUAGAACUCACGAACUCUUCAUUCUAAAGGAAAUGAAAGUGGAUACGCAGUAAACAAAUCCAACCAUUUUGUGACUUGUUCUUACUCCCUGGACUACUUCCUAGAAGUUUGGAAUGCAAGGGCCUAUAUAGGUCUUGAAUUUGGUGGUUGUUCAUAUCUGCCUAAUUAAGCAUAUGAAAUCCCCCUUUUUUUUUUCUUCUUCCUCUCUUCUUUCUAUAAAAGGGCAGAAAAUAAAUUUGAUGUCUGUUCACAGCUGUAUUUGUCCCGUUCCAAACAAACAAAACCCCCAAAGCCAAGUGCAUAUGUUCCAAUGGCAGAAGGUUUAGAAGGGGUGGGAAGCCUAUCUAUUAUUAAUGAUUUGUUUCUGGUUUUUGUGUAUUUUGUCUGAUUUUUAAAAGUUCACAUGUACAAAGAUAAUGGAACCAUGGACAACUUGUUUUACUGUUUGGAGAUUUUGCUGUUUCUAUAAUUCAUACGAAACCCAUGUAGCACAGUUUCUGGAAUGGUAAAACAUCUUACUGUAAUGUAACAGAAUGAGCCUUAAGGAUUUGUAAGAAUAAGCACUUUUAUAUUAAAAAGUAAAUAUUAAUUCAUCAGUAAGAUUACUUUUUUAAUGUGACAAUAAACCAUAAAAUCAACAUC